AUGCCACCCCACAAGAAAGCUUCCCCGUCUGUCCCGGGACCAGUGGUCACCGGCGAGACAGAGGCGGAGGACCUGCAGGGUGACCGAGAAGCAGCAAAUAGUCGAAAACGACCAUCUGCCCGAGGCACCGCAUUCUAUCCGCGUAAGCGGGCAAAUGCCGCAUGCCAGGUGUGCCGUGCUCGAAAGACUAAAUGUGAUAACCGAAAGCCCAGCUGCUCAUAUUGCCUAAGUGUUGGUGCCGUCUGCAACCAGUCACCAGAGGACCUGUCCAGUUUUGACCCGGCGAGCCUGAAGAUCCUCGAGCGGCUGGAUGUGCUUGAGAGACUAAUGCGACAACAAGGAAUUCGGCCGACCGACUCAUUGGAACCAACUCCUUCCUUGAGUCAGGAGCGAGAACACGGCUCGGAUUGCGUGCCUUCCGGUGAAGGCAGACCCAAGAAACCCCACUUGACCGAUUCGCCAAGCAACGUGCCUGCUUCUAUCCAGGCUGAGCGGAAUAUAUUACCAUCUUCAGCAUCUGGAAUCAAUAUAUCGCUCCUUGGAGCUUUGCCUGAAUCCCCCGAUCGGCUAAUAUGCCUCGGUGUCUUUCAGAAGUAUCGCUUCAACACUGACUUAAUCAACGAGGGCUUAAGUGGGUGUCACUGGACUGAGAGGGGAGCCAAAACGAGGCAUUCUCUUGAAACUAGAGCUCUGCGCAACGGACAGUUAUUAGAUGACAAUAUCAAGGAACAUAGGGGUGUGAAUGAGCUUCUGGACAGCUUCUUUACAUUUGUGCACUGCAAGAAUCCGAUCCUAAAAGAAGCACCGACGCGUGGGCUUGUACUAUCGAAAGCCGCAGAGGGUGUUGAUAACUCGCCUCAAUCAUGCUUAGCAUUCCUUGUAUGUGCUUUGGGCCAUCUGGCCACACCAUUUGGCCCGUGUUCCGACAUUCAGGAGAAGAGCACAGGUCCAAAUACAGCUGUUUACGCCGAGGCAGAGGCUCUCUUUCACGAGGCGCAAUGUCGCAUGGGUGCCUUGUUGGUGAAUAAUGACGCUGAUCAUUUGGUUGUUCCCCAAUGUCUGAUCCUGUUUGGCCUCUAUAUGAUGUGCGUAUUUCGACCAUUCCAGGCUUGGCAAUUUUUUGUACAGGCCCUGGCAGCUUGCCAGCAAUUCGGCUUCUUGCGAAACAUGUAUAACAAUGAGGAGAUUUCAUCUCUCCACGAACACGAAAUCGAGACCCGAAUCACCGAAUCUGACUCGCAGGAACAGGCUGUAUACUGGACGGCGUGGAAAUCGGAACGUGAACUGCGCCGAUGCUUAUGCCUGCCGGACUUUCCAGCCACUGGAGAUUCCUCUCGUUUAUACCCACCUCUUUUUCCAACUCCGCCUGAAAUCGCCUCAAAUGACUCGGUCGAUCAAAGAAGAGAGCGCGCAUCAUGGCUAUUCUACCUAGCCGAGAUUUCUUUACGUCGACUCCUCAGCAACGUGUGCGAUGAAAUAUUGUCUCUACACCGUACCAAGAAGAGCGAGACCGCUUUUCUGGCACAUUUGGCUACCCUUGUACCCGAGGUCGUCGGUGGGCUGCGAGCUUACCUGCAGAACUUUCACUAG